UCACGCCCAUUGAGCUUUGCAGCAAAUGCUAUCCUUGAAGUCCCCGAAAAAGUCAUUAUUUGGACGUAUUUUUGUGUUUGUCAUGGUAUAAGGCUUCAGACAACGACAUGGCAAGGCGCUCUGGAGCUAGCAAAGGCCGCUCCGGCGGGCCUAAAGAAUCUCUGGCUCAGUUGGGGCUCUUUGACAUGCCUGAUCUGGAUGCCAUCGGCAAUGACAAUGAUGAUAGCGAGGACGAUGCGGACGAUGGAGAUCUGGAGGCCGAGUUGUCGGCACUGCUUUCUGGCCGUGCCCAAGCCAAGCCGAAGAAACCGAAGCCAAAGCCAGGUUUGUGCUUUAAUGAUCUUGGUUCUACCAGUGUGCCAUUGUCAAGCUUUCCAGCAGAUCUAGCAUCCAUUCAAAUGAUGGCUGCGGCUGCACUGAAAGAGGACAACUCAGCGGAUGAAAGUGACGAUGCCAAUCUGUCGGAUGACCCAGAUUACUCCUGCAGUAGCUAUAAGGCUGCCCCUGUUAUGAAAGCUGAGCUUGGCGCUCUUCACCCGCAAGAAGAAGAGCCUGCACCGGAACCGCCGCCAAGGGUUGCAUCUAAACCACCAGGGGCCGUUCAGGUGCUUCCAACAAGCCCUGCACCCACCAGUCCUGCUGUGAGCCCCAGUGGGGAGCUUCCUCUCGUCGAGACACUCCAAGAGCGGCUACGCAGCUACACCGCGGCCGAAUCGGCGGCAAAGUCCUUUGGCGACAGCUCCAAGGCCCGGCGUUAUGGUCGUGCAAUCAAGACCCUGGAAUCUUUGUUGAAGAAGGCAAAGGCGGGUGCACCAGUGAGCGAAGAGGAGAUCCCUCCUCCCGUUGCCAUUCCCAAGCCGCCAGCUCCGGCUUCGGAGGUCUCCCACGAGUUUCUCAAGGUGGCCAAACUGGACAGGGGCCACAAUGCAUCUGACACCCCUCUUUCAGAGCCAUCUGCUCCCUUGGGGGAUGACAAGCCGGCAGAGCCAUCGAGACCCGAUGCGGCGCCAACCGCUCCAGCGCGAAGGCCUGCCCCUCCGAUUCCGACGCGUCCAGAUCCCACUCCUGCCGCUGCUCCAGAAGCAGAGCCACCCGCCAGCACCGGCAGUCCGCAGGAGCAGCUGUUGACAACACGUAGGGACCAGUACAAGCGAGCUGCCAUCAAUGCCAAGAAGCGCGGCGACCAACAGGCUGCCAUUAGCUACAUCCGCACAGCCAAGCAAUUCGACGCCGUGCUCACGGCAAUGCUUCAAGGGCAGCCCGUGGACUUGUCGAAGAUGCCUCCACCACCACCCGAGUUUCAAGGUUCUGAACAUGCUUCAGCAGCACCAGCAGGGCCACCCAGUGUGCCAACUACCGAAUCCCAGAAACAGGCAUCGGGCGAUGACGGUGCUACAGUGCCAUCUUACAUCGACGAAAACGUUGAGGACGAUCCAACGCUGUUUGGCGGGCCACCUCCCCCAGCCACUGUAAUGGAGGCACUCCAGCAGAGGCUGGAUAAGUAUAAGAGCACGUUCAGCGAAGCCAAGGAACAGGGGAACGACCGGAAGGCUCGGCGGCUCGAGCGCAUCGUCAAGCAAUACGAGGACGCGAUCAAACUGCACAAGGCUGGAAAGCCUGUCGACUUUGAGGAACUACCCGCUCCUCCAGGUUUCGGACCUAUCCCUGUCCCCUCUGAGCCAGCGCCUGCUCCGAAGCCGGAGCCACCCAAGCCGGCGCCGAAGCCAGCCCCCAAGCCUGCUGCCAAGCCGGCUGCUCCGCAGCCGGGUGCAGCCGCUGCCAGGGCAGCACAGCCUGGGUCUGCUUCCCCCAAAAAACCACUGCGUCGCGGUCUUUCGACCACCAUCGACAAGCAAAUGCAGUUCCUUCAAGAGCGGCAGAGGCUGUUCCGAGAGGCCGCAUUGGAGGCCAAGCGUCGGGGCGAGGUCGAACAGGCCAAGCAGUACCUCCGUACGAUGAAGGGAAUCGAGCCCAUGAUACAGGCUACUGAGUGCGGCCUACCGAUUGAUGCAUCAAGUAUCCCAAUACCACCUCAGCUUCAGGAAGACUUUGUGGUUGUUGAGGCGUCUGACUGUGAACCCAAGGAUGAGAACAUUGAGCAGAUGUACCAGACACUUGAGCAAGAGCUCGUGGCACAGCAUGAGAUGUGCGUUCAGAACAAAGACCAUUUCUUCAAGUUGGGAGACGUAGCCUCUGGAACCAAGUUUGAGAAGCUGGCUCAGGACACCAAUAGAGAUCUGCUGGUGGUGAAAAACCUCAGGCAGCGCAAUGAUCCACUUCCACGUUUCCACUACGAAACCAGGGUGUUCUCGAUAGUUCGCUGCAAUCACGACCUGCCGAUACAGGAUAUUGAAGUCUCUAUAGUCAGAGGAGUGAAUCUGCCAGGCCGAAAGAUCACGGUCAAGAGUGCGAUGGCUUGCGGAUGUGCCCGGAAGGCCGACGACUUGGACUCCUAUGUGAUGGUCACAUUUCCUUUUCCUAACGAUGCGCCACAGACGGCUCGAACCAGAACUGUCAAGGACACAAACAAUCCAGAGUAUAACGAGAACUUUAAAUUCGAAGUCAACAGGAAAUCGCGUAGCCUUGCCAGGGUAAUGAAGCGACACCCCAUCAAAUGUGAAGUCUGGGCAAAAAGAGGCUUCUUGCGAAGUGACGCGUGUAUAGGCACAGCGUCCAUCAAGUUUGAAGAAUUGGAAAACAAGUGUGAAAUUCACGAUAGUUAUGAUGUCUUCGACAGCAAGCGUCCCAGUGGCGGCAAACUCGAAGUAAAAGUUCGAGUGCGCGAGCCUUUCGUCUCGAAACAGGUGGAGGAGAUCAGGCAUCGAUGGCUCAUUAUCGGCAGCUAGCUUUCGCAAGCUCGCAAUCUGCCUGCCAGACGGACAGCGGCAGCAAGUUAUGCACCCGAUAGUCACAGACGCUAGCUGAAAGUUUUGCGUAGAUAGGUGGCCCCAUGCCUUGCAUUACGUUCUUGUACAUAAAUGCGCUUGCCCAUUCUGCUGUUCAUUUCAGCUUGCGGUAAGUGCUGCUCAAUCACGAAUGACGCAGCUGUCGAAAAGUGAGACUUCCCCACGUGGAGAGUCAGAUGGUUCUCAGCUGCACCUUGUAGGCACUCGUAAUUGGAGGGAAAUUGCCAUUGUAAAGGAACAUUAAUCUUGUUUCAUUUUAUAGUGUGGUCAGCAGUUACGGUAUGAGAGCUUUAUGAGAUGCCUUGUGCGGCCUUUCUUUUUUUAAUGUUGCACGCACUGCUGGUACACAAUGCCUACGCUGCGAUUUUUACAAUGACUACGAUGUUAUGUAAUUUAAAAAUAAAUAAAUUUGUGGCACUCGGAA